AAAAAAAACGAUAAAUCUAAGUAUAUGUUAAGCAAGCAAACCCCAAAAUCCAUAGCCUAAAAACGUGGCGGUAGUUAUGUAGGUACGUGGUAAAAUGCUUGAUUCGCAUAUUCCAGCGGCGGCUGUUGCCAUAGAGGCAACGGGUGUUGUUGAAAGCCUGCAGCCCUACAACUUGGGUUUCCAUAGUGGAUUCGAGGGCAGCGGCAGCGGCGGCGGCGGCAGCAAUAUUCAACCCACUGCUAUUGACAGCUUUGUGGAGGAUAUGCGAAACAAUUAUUCGCAACUUAUCGGCAGGACAUCAGCGUUGGAUUUGUGCAAUCAAUCGCUGCUGCUCUACGGUGUGAACAAGUGCAGUAGUGCGAGUAAAGGCAGCAAUGGCAACAGUACAAUGUUCGACGAUGACAUUUCAUUCAUUUUACCCUGGUGGCGCCAAGUGCUGUGGUCUAUACUAUUCGGUGGGAUGGUUAUUGUGGCGACCGGCGGAAAUUUAAUUGUCGUUUGGAUUGUUAUGACAACGAAAAGAAUGCGAACCGUUACCAAUUACUUCAUAGCUAUAAUAUCGUUUUUAUGAUACUCACGUACGUACUGCCCAUCAUUUCGAUGACAUUCACUUAUUCACGAGUGGGCUUUGAGCUUUGGGGCUCAAAAGCAAUUGGCGAACAUACACCGCGACAGGUAGAGAAUGUCAAAAGCAAGAGGAGGGUGGUCAAAAUGAUGAUGGUUGUUGUGUUGAUAUUUGCCGUUUGUUGGCUGCCAUUUCACACAUACUUCAUUGUCACUUCAUGUUAUCCGGCGCUGACAGAAACACCAUUCAUACAAGAAGUUUAUCUGGGCAUAUAUUGGCUAGCCAUGAGCAACUCCAUGUAUAAUCCGAUUAUUUACUGUUGGAUGAAUUCGAGAUACGCAGCGCUCAUUUUUGUACACAUGCCCGAGUUCGCCGAAAAAUCGUCGCGCAGCUUCACAUUACGGCAUUAUGCGCAAUUCCACCACAGCAUACCAUCGAGAUCCAUUCCGACACUCUGCGCCAAUUGGCACGAACAACACCAGCGCCUAUCAUCAGCGUUUUAGUGACUGUAGCAGCAGUCACGAGCUCACAACGUUGACUUCGUUGAGCGGUGCGACGGGCAUGGGACACUACGGGCUCGUCAUGAGAAGGGACCACAUGAAGGUGCCCAUGCGAAAUGGUACUCGUAACACCGAAGAAGUCGCCAUUGCUCCACGUCAAAUGUGGUCAGCGACAGCGGAUAAGGCUGACACAGAUCCGGACACACCACCGGUGCUGUCCACAGUUGUUGGUGUUAACGUAGAUACAACAAAUGUGCGUGCCAUAUCCUGACAUUUCGAUCGCUCUUGCAGCCUCUACAACAGCAGUAGAAGCGGUGGUGGUGGUGGUGGUGGUGGUGCUGGCGAUAAGUUAGUUAGCGGAAGCGUAACGGAAAGCUUGGAAUACAAAAAUGUUAACGGUAGUACAAAAACAUUUGAUAUCAACAUAGGCAACGUAAACGGCAACGGCAACAAUAACAAUGGCCGUGCAAAAGUUCCAAUGGGAAAUGGCAGCACAACAAUUGGCUUGACGACGACUACAAAAACCGCAACAACGACACUUCUGUCGACAAAUACGCCACGUGGCAUUUUUGUAACGGCGACAACAGAUGAUAAGACAUGGCUGUAAAUUAGCUGCAUAGAUAGUAAAGUGUUUAGGAAGAAUGUCAUUCACGAUUUAAUUUAAUCAUCAGCCCAUUCCAUGUUAGGGAUGUUUGCAUGGUUUGUUCCCAUUGUGGUUGGGUAUGGUUUACUGGCGGCUAGCAUUUGUAAUAUCAUAGCUCUGCUGGGGUAUAGUUAUUGCUUAAACCCACAAAUUCCCGAUACCGCCCAUCUCGGCCAUUUCGAAACUAGUACCGCGAGUACAGCGGUUCCCACGCCCAAUUUCAAGUCACACUUUUUUUUUUUUUUUUUUUUUAAUUUAAGCUUAAACUCGGGCAUAAGCAUAGCUAGGAAUUUUGUUCACCUACUUCUCCGAUUCAGGCGACUGUGGGCCGUUUCUAAAAAUCAUGAUAUGUAAGUACGAAUAAUGCAGCUAAAAUCAGUUAAAGUAAAAAAUAACUGUUAUAUAUACAUAAAUCUUCUUAUACGUAUGUAUAUUUGAAAAUGUUAUUGUCUCAUAAAUAAUUUAAGCUAAAACAUGUAAAUAAAAGCCAUUUCAAAAAAAAAGUUGAAUUAAUCUACAUUACGUUUGAAUAAGUGAUAAAGAUUUAAAGUUCCAAAUAUUUAGUACAUAGUAUUAAAUUUUAAUGCUUUUCAAAAAUUCUUUUAAACCAAUCCAAUGGAUAGAAAAGUAUAGCAAAUGAAUAGAUUUGUGUAAUUAUAUAAAGAUGUAAUAUGAUAGAAUCGCGUACCAUGAUCAAUGGAUGAGAAAAUAUUUGUUUACAGAAUUUAUGAAAAAUAAGUGUAUGUGUGUACAUAUAAUGCAGAAAACCCGAGGUUUCAAAACUUUUUUAUGCGUACCUUAACAUCGAAACAAGUAUAUCAUAUAACCAUCCUUUUUUUUAAGUCUGUUAACAACACUUAACUCCUUUUUGUUACGCUACGCACACACUGUAACCCACGAUAUAGACAACAAAGGGGCUUUAUAGAAAUAUAUUUAGCUGACUCGUUUCUUAUGGCGUUU